AUGCCUAUCACAUUUGGCUCCGUCGGUGACAUAGUCUCGGUCAGCUGCCUCAUCAAAGACCUCGUCAAGUGUCUCGACGAGAGCCGUGGGUCACCGGCGGAAUACCAGGCUGUCAUACGCGAGCUAUGGAGCCUGGACCAUGCGUUGCUGGAAGUCGAAUUGCUGCUUCAGUCUUGCGCGCAGUCGAUGGAAUUGAGUGGCCUACGCAAGGACGCGAAAAGCUGCGCGGAGCAGUGCCGCAAAUGCAUCGAAGACUUUCAGAAUAGGAUGAAGAGAUAUCAGAGAUCCUUGCGUAAAGGAGGCACGGGAAACCUGUUCAGGGACACCACUGCGAAGUUCCGGUGGCAUGUCUCGGAAAAGGAUGACUUGGCGAAGUUCAGGGCAGAGGUCACUGCGCAUUACUUGUCGCUAAACAUGCUCUUGGCUACAGCUGGCACUAAGCUUACGAUGUUGAACGAUGAGGGCAUGCAUAAGCGACUGAAGCAAUCUGAUCUAGCUCAUGCGAGCUCUUCAGCAACGCAAACCUCGCUCCUCGUGGAUAUAAACACCCGCUUGCAGGAAAACAAUACUCUAAUACAAGCAGCAGCGUUGGAGUCUAAGGCGCUGGGUUCAAGAAUCGACGUCGACUACUUCAGGAAUCUGGGGACUGAACUUCUGUGA